AUGAUGUGGAAAUUACAAGUCUCGGGGAUACCUUUAUUAUCAAAUACCAAUGUAUGUUGGAGUCCAAUCACUGUGUUCCAGUCAACUAUGAAAACCCCAUUUACCAAAAUUUCACGAAGACUGUAUUAUUACUCAAAUGAACAGCUGAAUAACGUUGCCAUAAACUUUGACCACAAAGACGUCCAGCGCAAAACUAAGAAGCUAAAUUUACAGUUUGAUCCAAACUGUAAACUAUUAAAUUUACGGCAUACAUCAAAGUCAAUUCCCGCUUUGGCUUCUGAGGAUUCUACAAAUGUCAUCAAAUCAGUCGCUAAAUCCGCUUUGGCCUGCCAUCCUCGACCUAACAUAUCGCAUAUUCCGUUUGAGGUCAAACCAAAAGCUGAAACUGCAAAGAAGUCGUCGGUUCUACAACGCGCGUUACACGACGAAAGCCCCAAGUUGAAACAGCUAUGCGCUCCGUAUUUGGCACUUACAAAACCUCAACUGACAUUUCUUAUCAUGUUAUCAUCCAUUUGUUCGUAUGCUCUAGCUCCUAAUUCUACGAAUUUAUCAGAAUUUGUUUGUUUAACACUAGGGACAUUGAUGACUUCUGGAAGCGCUAAUGCUAUCAACAUGGCAAGAGAACCCGCAUUCGAUAGGCUGAUGAUAAGAACGCAAGCGCGCCCUGUCGUCAAUGGAUCUAUCACACCUAAUGAGGCCUUUACCUUUGCAUCGAUAACUGGUUUGCUUGGUUGCACAAUAUUAUUCUAUGGAGUGAAUCCAGUGGUUGCUGCACUGGGACUCACCAACAUUCUCCUUUAUUCAUGGAUAUACACUUCUUUGAAAAGGGUGUCAAUUUUGAACACCUGGGUUGGUGCAGUUGUGGGGGCCAUUCCGCCCUUAAUGGGAUGGGCCGCAUGUUCAAGUUUGAGUGAUCCAGGUGCAUGGUGUUUGGCUUUACUAUUGUACGCGUGGCAAUUUCCGCACUUUAAUUCCCUAAGUCAUAACAUUCGUGAUGAAUAUAAGCGUGCAGGAUACGUCAUGGCAGCUUACGAGAAUCCAAAGCUGAACGCUAGAGUUGCUUUGAGGUACUCAAUACUGAUGUUUUUUAUUUGUUUUGGACUAUGCUACUACAACGUCACCGAUCCACUGUUUAUGCUCGACUCUAGUGUUUUGAAUGGAUGGAUGGCAUACAUGUCUUUCAAAUUCUGGUGGCAACAACGUUUGAACUACUCGCGUAAAGUUCAGGAGACUGGUGGUCCGUCUCAGAAAGCUGUCGAUCUAGCCAACUAUUAUGCUAAGAAGACUUUUUGGAGUUCUAUAUGGCAAUUGCCUGUGGUGUUAGUCCUCGCGAUGCUUCACAAAAAAGGACAGUGGGAUAGAUUUUUUCAAGGCGAAGAAAGACAUUUAACAGCCUGA